AAGACCGCCCUCCCGCGACUCCGACGCCACCCUCUACCCAGCCUCGUCGGCGUCCAGCAUGACGCUCACCGAGGAAUACCCGCCCCCACAGGGCUCGAGCAAGGGCUCCUCGCGCGGAGCGCAUUCCAGGCGACCCCAGCAGACAGUGAGUACCGCCCUCCCGCACCACCACCACCACCACCACCACGGCAGCGGAGACGCCUCACUGACCCUCCCCGGCCAUGCAGCCGCAACAGCAACUCAGCCAGAUAGAGAAGUCAGUCACCCAUCUGCUUGUCGCAACCAAACAACUACUCGAAACACUCACGCUCUGGUCUCGUGGGACCGCCACCGAAAGCGAAGUCUCGGACGUGUACGUGCGCCUGGGCUACGAGUUCAACAUUGCCUCGCGGGCUUUCAACGCCAUCGGAGUCGACACACAAGAUCUCGGAAACGUUCCGGAGCUCCUCCGCGGUAUCCUCGAAGAGACGCUUAGCCAAGAAGCGUCGCAAGCCAGCCUCGACAACUUCCUGCCCCGGAUACGAGACAUCAUCAUUAAUCUCCUACACGGCCUGAAGAAGAAGCAGCAGCGGCUGCGGCAGCGGACCGGCCGGGAUGGCAAUAUCAACGGAGGCAGCCCACGCCAGGGCAGCAUUGGGAGUACUGGCGAGGUGGAAGACCCGCAACAGGCUCGCGCAUCAAGCACGAGGCUGCCGCCGCGGCACGAGAGCGCAGAGUACAUCGCCGAAGGGCCUGAGCUGCCUCCGCGUUCGUCAUCGGUCCCUGGAAGGGCGUCCCCCAACAAGUACGACACCCUCCCUUCAAACCCUCGAGCCAAUCGGUCGACAAACGCCAGCCAGCUGUCCACGGACUCCUCGCUUUCAAGCAAUACAAUGCAGCAGAUACCCGUCAUUGCUCCCUAUCCGUCCGACGACCAGAUGCCCAGGUCUCCCGAACACAAGCAACCCAACUACGCCAUCGACUUCCCACCUCCGCCGCCACCGCCCAAACAGCAGGAUGCUUUGGCAGCGUUGCAGCGAGGAGGCGAGCUGGAGAGGAGGGCUUCGCGGAGAUUCUCCGCGUAUCAGAUCCAGAAACACUUGGGCACGAAUGGAAUUCCUCUGCCCCCGGUGCAGAACUCGCCCAUACCGAAUCGGGGAAGAGACGUGCGCGAGUCCAUGAACGCGGUGCGAAUACGGGGUUCACUGCUGCACAGUCGACAGCGUUCGGCUCAGCGGCCCUCGGUUGACACCGGCUUCGACAAGACAAACGACGUGUCUAGGCGCAUUUCCGAAGAGAGUACUCAGAGUUAUGCUCCCAGCAUCAAACCUCCCCAGGAGGAGCCAAUCGCCGAGGACAGUCCUGUUCAGAAGACGCCCGAGGAUAAGCUUGCGGCACCCAAAUUCCCUGAAGGCGAGCAGCCUAUGCUAGGUGCGACGAUCAGCGGGCCUUUGAUUGAACCAGCAGACCUCCCCUCGGAAUCGCCCGUAAAGGAACUUCGGAAGCCCACCGGCGUGCCCGCCAGGCAUGGAUCACGACGAGUAAAGUCGCCAUCCCCGCAACCGGAGCAUUUCGUCCCGGAACAGUCGCCACAGCCUGGCAAGGAGCUUACCCUGUUCUUGCAAUAUAAGAGCAAGAUAAAGAAAUACGUCUUUUCAGAUGGCGCGGACUUGUCGAUUGGUCGAUUGCAGCUCGCAUUCAUUGAGAAGUUCGCCUGGGAUACCCACCGUAACGGCGAGCUUCCAGAGAUACACAUCCAAGACCCUGUCUCUGGCGUGCGUUAUGAGCUGGAAGACAUCAACGACAUCAAGGACCGCUCUGUUCUUGUCCUUAACAUCGAACAGCUCGACGAAGUAAAGCAUCAUAUUGACGACAAAUUCGGUGGUCUGAACCGUCUAGUAGAGAGCAUCAAGACCGUGGUCGAGGAUCAACAGUCUACCAUCCAGCGGGUUGCCGAGCGCCAACAACAAGCCGCAAAAGAGAUUGCGGGUAUCGCAGCAGCUCCCACCUUGUCGUCGGCUCGUGUCUCAACAGUGCUCACGCCACGCUCUCCGAUGCCUUCCAGUGGACCUACGGAGCCAACUGUGUCCUCAGCCGCCCAACUCAGCGAGGUUCAGUCCCUCCGCCGAGACUUGGCUAUCGUACGUCAGACAUACUCCUCUUUCGUUGGGGACAUUGAAGCAAGCAUGUCGGCUAUCCGUACCAAGGCCGCCGCAGUCAAAUCAACCGCAGUCAAAGCUGCUCUUCCGACACUUGAAGGGGACAGCGGUCGCGCAUACGUCAACUCCGGCAAGAAAACAUUGCAAGAGGACUCAGAGAAGAUCGUCAAUCGUGUAGAUGACCUACAAGACCUGGUCGAGGAUCUCCGUAAGGAUGUUGUGACUCGCGGUGUCCGUCCUUUACCCCGCCAACUCGAAAUAACAGCCAAGGACCUAUCCAAAGCCACCGCUGAACUCAAGAAACUGCAGGACUUUUUGGCGAAGGAGAAGCCACUGUGGACCAAGAUCUGGGAACAGGAGUUGCAGACCGUUUGCGAAGAACGUGAUCUGCUGACCAUGCAGGAAGAACUUGCUGCUGAUCUGCAAGAUGAUUUGGAGAAGGCAGCCCAGACGCUGGAGCUCGUGGAACAAGCUACCAAGCAGCAGAAUCUGACAAGCGACAAGGACCAAGGCAAAGGCAUGCGCUCAGCUAGUGGACGUAACCUGGUUCAUGCCGUCGCGUACGACAAAGCCAUUGAUCCUCGUCAAGCCCGAGACGGAGUCUUGGGUGAAGUCAAGGCUUUGCAGCCCAACCACGAGAGCAGACUGGAGGCCAUAGAGCGUGCAGAAAAGGCUCGACAACGCGAGCUUGAGACUCGUAAGGAGGGCGAGUUCAAGAGAGAGCUGGGCCAAUUUGUCGAAGAGGGGAAGCUUAAGAAGACUGGCGGCGUGGAGGAAGCAGAGCGUCUGCGCAAAGCCAAGGACGAGCGAGCUCGCAAAGAAUACCAUGAGAGGAUGCUGGCCCGGGAAAAGGCAAGGGCGGACAAGGCGGCUGCCGCCGCUGCGGAUGUGGCUACCGAGAACGGCACCGAAGAGAAGAAGGAUGGUGCUGCGGCUGAGGAUACGCCGAACCAGGAGGAUGCAAAGGACGAGCGGGUGACGACACCUGAAGGUGGUGCCACUCCCGCAUAAUCCUGUUGCUAUUCUUAAUCUCCCCUCUUGGUUCGGGCUGAUCUUGCAACAGACAUGCCGCAGUUGAAGUACACGAUCCGUCCCUGGGUGAAGACCGGUUUGCCUCUGACGAUGCCCGUGACGACUUGUCCGGGCCUCGCGGCCCCUAUCUUGACCAAUCUGCCGACGGAAAAGCCACCCUCAACCAUUCGCCUCGUAGAUUCCGCUCCUCUCGUUGAGUCUCCAAACUCAGCCGAGUAUUUCAGAACAAGCUCUGCGCUUUCGCGAGACACACCGACUCCAACGAUUGCUUCCACCAAAACAUCCCGGCCUUCCUCCAAACAAGACACCUCCAGUUCCCGCACGUCAAAAGCUACCUUUUUUGGUCCGCGAGAGUCUGGCAAGCC